GCUCUGUCAUUCGGUGGUGAAGCGUAGAAAAAGUGAAUACAAACCGCGAAGAAGUGACCAACAAAGUGACACGUAAAUAGUAAAUAAAUCCGCAUUUCGAAUCGUUGCUGAUAGUUUGGGACUCGGUUUAUCUUGGAGUGGAAAUGUACGGGUAGUCCUGACGAUAACGGAUCAUCUUCCCUAAUCCUAUCCCAUUCGGAGAGAGAGCGAGUGUGUGAUUUGUUUUGCAGUAUAGCUACGGUACGGCCGAUAUUGGUUUCUUAGGGAUAACUCCAGCAGCAAAAUAAUGGGACGUUCGAUUAUUUGUGAAGCUUAUCUUGAGGAGUACCUCAAGAGUCUUUCCAAAAAGCAGGGUUACUGCGUGGGUCUGCUGAUUGGUCAGCCAUCGAACACCGGCAAAGAGUAUGUCAUUCAUUUGAACAAAAUCAAGGACGAAUCUGAAACGGUAGUACAAAAUAUUCAGGACAUCGACAGCCGUUCUGUUGCACACCAUGCCCUCAUCGAAACCCGGCUGCUGCCAGGUGGAUUCUACGUUAUGGGAAUCUUCGUCAUCAAUCCGAAGAACGUCUUCGAGGACCCAAACCUGCUGCUGACGGUCAAGACGAUGCUGAUAGGCAUCCAAAAAACGUUCGAAUCGGAUGUGCCACUUCAUGGGAACUGUGACGAGUUAGAUGGCGGAGAAAAACUAGUCUUUUUCUACUCGUCAAGUAGUAAUUUCUACUGUUGCAAGAGCGUCGCACUCAAAUCCCCUAACCUGUCCGUUAAACCUUGCGAUUGGAAAUUCCAGGAUCGAGCCACCAGCUGGCAAGUGAUGAACACAUUCUUCGAGACGGACGAAACAUUUGCGUUGCGUAAGAAAAAGGACGACCAAUACGACACGGAAAGCAACCUGACCGCAUGUGUCGAAGUUCUGCAGCACCAACUGGACAAAAGCGUCGUGUUUUUUGACGGUGGCCCAAAGGAUGGCAAGCUGCUGUUGGAAUCUGCGCUGCAAGACAAAAAAGAAGAACCAUUCCUGGUGCACGUUUACACGCCAUUGCCAUCAAACAACGACAUUUCCACACGUAAGAUCGAAACCUUCGACGGAACCCUCAAGUUCGACGGCAUCAUCAGUUCCAAGGUGUUUGUCCAUCCGAAGAACACCUACGCUGAGGUGGAGUCGUUCAUCAAAACGGACAUCAUUCGUUCGCUGAUGUCGCGGGUGCAAAUCCAUUGCGAUUCUCUGGUCCAGUCGGUGGACGAAAGCGACCAGGACACGAUCGUCCUGAACGAGUUGCCCCGCCGAAUCUACUUCCCCAUUCAGGCCAAGUCGAACCCGAUCCUGUUCAGCGAGUACCUGUUCCUGGAGGAAGUGAAGGAGACCGCCAUUCCGCAGAUUCGGGAUACUCUGGAUUUGGUAGUCAUGCCCAAGGACUUGAACGACAAGGUGGAAGUGGUGGCCGAGGUGAAGGAAGAAGAGCGACACGAUGCAAAAGAGUGCGAGACGAGUGUCGACGAGAAGGGAGAGGGGAAACUGAACAUGACGCUGGUUGGCUUUCUACUGGCCGUGGUGGUACUGUUGAUUGCCAUUUUGGUAUUCUUUUUGAUGAAGUAGAAGAGUAUCUAACGACUCUUCGAUCAGUGCAUGUUUCAUAUUAUGUAGUGUACUUUUUUCUGUUUUUGACAUAAUUAAGUAAAAUAUACACAAUAUUUUAAUAUGAA